AUGAAGAUGGUCAGGUUCUCCAAAAGCGAUUUCAUGGAUUUUGAAUUGCAUCGCAUUCUUUCUGCUGCGCCCUUUGAGGGCUCCGAGAUCGCCGAAUUUCUUCAAGGAGCGUCCCUAGCAGCUAAGGGGCCAGAGCAAUGGCACCAAGUCUGGAAUCAGGCUGGAGAGCAAGCCGAGGCUAUCGCGUAUGAGGCAGCUCAGCUCGGCGAUGCCGUUUCCGCGCGAAAGGCACAUCUGCGUGCAUGCAAUUACUUUCGAGCCAGCCAAUACAUGAUGUUCAGAGAAGAACUGCCACGAAUUCUCCCGAUUUCUGAGCGCAGUGUGCGAAACUUCCGAGCAGCCAUUCCUCUACUCGAGAACUGUGCCUCCGUGGAGACACUUGCCAUACCGUAUACGACAGAUGACGGUGCCACUUACAUGCUGCCCGGGUACCUCUACCUACCAGCCAAAUUCAGGCGGCUUGAUGCGCAGAACGAAACGAUAGUACGCGGAAGGCAGGUCAACGGCUCAAACUUGGAUGAGACAAUUCGAAACGUGCCAAUCAUACUGGCAACUUGUGGCGCCGACUCCACGCAGGAGGAGCAUUAUUUCAUGGUAGCCUGCGCCGCUGUCGAGCGCGGUUAUGCUGCUCUCACUUUUGAAGGUCCGGGCCAAGGCACUGUCCUCCGCGCCAGUAUGGGUGGUUAUCUGGCGCUUCGCGGCGCGUCGGACACAAGAAUCUCUGCCUGCGUUAGCAUUGAUCCUUUCUACAGCUUGUGGGAUUUUGUCAAGGCUCGUAUGCCGGGCGGCCUCAUGGGACUGUGGGAGAGCGGCUGGAUCCCCGACUCGGUACUCAAUGGUGUUGCUAGCAUUGGCCGCAUGCUAGGCACAUUCCAGGAUAAGUGGGAGUUGGAAAACUCCAAGUGGAUGUUUGGCAUUGAUAUUCCGUCAGAGAUGUUUGGCAUUGAUAUUCCGUCAGAGAUGUUUCGCAGAGUGAUGCACUUCACUCUUGGGGAGGUGCCACCCCUGGGUCGAGAGCGAAGCCCAAGCAGGGCGUCAGGCGAUCAGCAAGGAUUCCUCCAUCGCAUCAAGUGUCCAGUUCUGGUUUCUGGAGCAGGCCAAAGUCUGUAUUUCAAAACGCUUGGAGACACCACCAUGCAAAUACAAACCGAACUGGUCAAUGUGCCGGAAUCAGACAAGAAAUUGUGGUUUUCUGAGGAACCAGGAGAGGGUGGGAUUCAGGCCAAGAUUGGAGCAUUUGGCUUGGCUCACAUGCGGACUUUUGCAUUCUUGGACAAAAGCUUUGGGAUCCAGCGCCAGGCAUUGUGA